GGCCGCUCAAUAACCCCGAUUCUGAUUACGAGAUAUCAGGACAACAACAAGACCUCAUCUGACGCGCACACCGACUCUCGUUUCGUGACAACUCGAUCUUCCACUCCGUCCCACCGCCCAGCAGGAGCAACACCCACCAGCGCAUACCGGGCCUCGAGCCCAAACACUACUUCACUCAUGGCUUCAGCAGUUUUCUUCCUCGACCUGAAGGGCAAGACCCUUCUGGCUCGAAAUUAUCGCGGAGACAUUCCUAUGAGCGCAGUCGAGAAGUUCCCUAUCCUGUUGUCAGAAGCCGAAGAGGAAUCAUCCAGCGUCCCGCCCUGCUUCUCCGACGAAGGCAUAAACUACCUCUACAUUCGGCACAACAAUUUAUACCUUCUCGCUUUGACGAAAAAGAACAGCAAUGCGGCCGAAAUUCUUCUCUUCCUCCACCGCAUCGUGGAAGUGUUCACCGAGUACUUCAAGGAGCUGGAGGAGGAAUCGAUCAGGGACAACUUUGUGGUCAUCUACGAGUUGCUGGAUGAGAUGAUGGACUUUGGAUAUCCUCAAACGACAGAAAGCAAGAUUUUGCAAGAGUACAUCACACAAGAGUCACAUAAGCUGGAAGUGGCCAGACCGCCCAUUGCAGUCACGAACGCUGUUUCGUGGAGAAGUGAAGGCAUUCGAUACCGGAAGAACGAGGUAUUUCUGGAUGUCGUGGAGUCGCUCAAUCUGCUUGUCAGCAGUACAGGCAAUGUUCUGAGGUCGGAGAUUCUGGGAGCGAUCAAGAUGAAAUGUUACCUUUCUGGUAUGCCGGAGUUGCGAUUGGGGUUGAACGACAAAGCCAUGUUUGAGACAACAGGAAGAGCAACGAGAGGAAAGGCUGUAGAAAUGGAAGAUGUCAAGUUCCAUCAGUGCGUGCGGUUAUCGAGAUUUGAGAACGACAGGACAAUAUCAUUCAUUCCGCCGGACGGAGAGUUCGAACUCAUGUCGUACCGACUGAACACGCAGGUGAAGCCGCUUAUCUGGGUGGAGUGUAUUGUGGAGAGUCACUCCGGGAGCAGAAUAGAAUAUAUGCUGAAGGCUAAAGCACAAUUCAAACGCCGGUCAACAGCUAAUAACGUUGAGAUCUCGAUACCCGUGCCCGAAGAUGCUGAUACGCCUCGCUUCCGAACCAACAUCGGUUCUGUUCACUACGCGCCGGAGACGUCUUCCAUUGUCUGGAAGAUCAAGCAGUUUGGUGGUGGCAAAGAAUUUCUCAUGCGUGCCGAGCUCGGUCUGCCUUCUGUCAAGGGUGAUGAGGAGCGUGGUGGUGGUAUGAUGGGAGGCUUCGGAGGUAGCAUGGGAGGUGUUGGAGGCGGCGGCAAAGGCAAACGGCCAAUUGGGGUCAAGUUCGAGAUCCCAUACUUCACCACCUCGGGGAUACAAGUGCGAUAUCUUAAGAUUAUCGAGCCAAAGCUGCAAUACCCAUCUCUGCCCUGGGUUCGAUACAUCACUCAAUCGGGCGAUAUUGCCGUCCGGCUGCCAGAUGUGCAAUGAGUCUAAAAGUGGUUUGGAAGAACAUAGCGAAGGCGUUCCGGCAGUAUUGCGGUCAUGAUAUGCCAGAGCAGAGCAGAGCAGGUAGCUACGACUAGGCCUAUGAAGAAGAGCACUCUUCGAAUACAUUACACUGUUGCGAUGUGCAUACGAACGGCACAUGUUCUUUCCGUACUUUCGCCAUGAUACUGGAACACUCUCGUGCGAUCGUCCCCAAUUCUGCUGCGAGAUGAUUCACCUCAGUGGUAGCCCC